AGUGUGUUGUCAAAUCAUAUUUUAAAAUUUAAAGAUAAGAAUCUUGACGAAUUGAUUUGGACCGUGGAUUACUUUGACUAUGAUCUCAACCGUUGCAUUUGAAGAUAUGAUAUCUUAUCUUAUCUUAUCUCUUGGCAGUGUGUUGUCAAAUCAGAUUUUAAAAUUUAAAGAUAAGAAUCUUGACGAAUUGAUUUGGACCGUGGAUUACUUUGACUAUGAUCUCAACCGUUGCAUUCGAAGAUAUGAUAUCUUAUCUUAUCUUAUCUCUUGGCAGUGUGUUGUCAAAUCAGAUCUUUAUCCAAUUUUUACAUCCCUAUAUAAGUGCAUAUUACUCUUUGAAGAAGACCACACACCUUCAACAUAUUUCUGAAACACUUAUAUUUUGCUCCAAAAUGACUUCAAUUCGUACUGCGUCAUACUCGAUUGAGAAAGAUAUGAAUUUAUGCCAUGUGUAUCUUGACGUGUCUCAAGAUCCUGUCAUAGGCAGAUACCAAUCAAAAGAGAAGUUUUGGUCAAGAGUUGAAGCGAAGUAUCACUCGUCUGAAAAGUUUCUUCUUCGACCUAGACCUGUAAGAUCUUUGCAAACUCAAAUGACGACCAUUCUUACCGCGGUUGGAAAAUUAAGGGGAUGCGUUAACCAAAUUCAAAAUAAAAAUCUCAGUGGUGCUUCACAAUAAGAUAUUGUGAGUAUAUAUUAGUAUACUUUAUUUAUAGUCACUAACUUUUUUUCAAUUUUUAUUCACUUCAUUCUCUUAUUUAUAUUUGAACAGUUAAAUCAAGCGAAGAUGUUAUUAGCACAAGAUCCAAAAUACAACAGAGGAUUCAAAUUUGAUCAUGUGUGGCCGAUCCUUAAAGAUAUUGAGAAAUUUACAAAUGACAACACUAGUGCACCAAUUAGAAUCCAAGAAGAAGAUCGUAAUUUUACUUCGCCCCAAUCAUAUUCUCAUGGUGUCCAGUCAUCGGCAUCAGCAUCCACUGGUAUGAAUUCAUUUGAUCUUAAUGUGAAUGACGAUGAAAUUACUACUAAUUUAAGUAAACGACCUAUCGGUGUGAAAAAGGCAAAAGAAAAACAAAAAAGUGAUGACCAAUUUAAAAAAUUAAUGGAGCAAAAUCAAAAGCUUGUCGAAGUUAUAGAAAAGGGUAACUCAGCAAGGAAUGAAAUUCGACGACAGAAGGUUGAAUUGGCUAAAAUGAAAGAAGAGAAUAAAAUACUAUUUACGAAUUUGAAUUCUACAUCCGAUCCAGAUUUUCGCCAGUUUAUUCAAAAUGAAAAGAGACAAAUUUACAAAAGAAGAGCACAAACAUCUAAAUAUGGUGAACAAAGAGAAGGUUCUCAAUAUCAAGGAUCCCAACAUCGAGCAUCUCAGAAUGAAGGAUCUCGAUUUAAUGAAGCUCACAGAGAAGGAGCUACAGAUGAAGGCCAAGGAUCUGAGACGAACCUCCCAGGAAAUUUUAGUCAAUACUUUGAUUAUCUUGACAGAACGAAAAAUGAUUUCCCAAAUUAUUAAAUUAUUAUCGUAGUUUCUUUUUUUUAAGAUCUAUGUCAUUGCUUCCGAUUUAUGUUUGGUGUAUUUCAUUUUACCUUUAUAAUGUAUGUUUUUUUUUAAUGAAUGUAUGUUUAAAUUUGUAAUGUUUUAAUUGUAUUUUGUUAAGUA